UAAUUGGUAUUUGUCGUGCGCGCCGCGUCCAUAUUCCGUUCUCACCGUGUCCAUGUUUUUGUCAUCGCAUUGACGCAUUCACUACAUUUCAGCGAUCAACAGUUCCACUACGACUGCGUGCGCAAGGCGAACGCAUCGGCCGCCGCGCUCCUUGUGAUCAUCUCUCCGCCGCCGAUUUAUCAGCGUCCUUUACCAUAAAAUGUUGUCGUAGUAGUGUGUCGUGUGUGAGCAGUGUGAUUUUGUCGUUAUCAUUAUCGUGUAGUUUUCGAUUUAAAUCUUAUUCGUACGAUUCUUUUCAGUCUUCGUAAUUUAAUGAAGUGUUACCUUACCUAUUUUAAAAAGUACAUUUCUUUUUAUUGUUACUUCUCUAAAAAGAUGAUCCACGUUAACUCUUAACCGCGGUCGUUGAGAACUAGGUACUGUAGUUAACACUCAUUUAGUACGCUGUAAUGCGGCAUAUUAUUUAAAAAAUAUUAACAAAUUAAAACAUUCGUAGAUUCGCCGCGUGUGUUGUGUGUCCGGAGCAUCAAUGUGCGUCUAGAAAUUUUAUUUUUCGCAGUGGGCACCCAGCAGUUUUCGAAAUGCCUGCUGAAGAUGAUUCGUCCGUGUUAUCCAACAUCUGUGUGGGCUGUGAAUGGCUGGCCUCUGAACUGUCGUCCAGUAACAAGUGUCAGUUACUCAUACUGGACUGUCGUAGUUCGAUGGACUUCUCAGAUUGUCACAUCCGCGAUGCGGUCAACUUCAGCAUCCCCACUAUCAUGCUGAGGAGGUUGGCCGCUGGUAAGAUCGACUUGGCUUCCACGGUAAAGUGCACUGAUCUCAGAGAGCAAAUUGUCAAUGCAUACAAGAAAAGCGCAUUUGUGCUGUACGGUGACGAGCGCUUGGACGAUCGCAAGACUACUUCACCCGUAUCAGACACAAUGAUUGUGUUGGCCAAACGGUUGCUGAAGGAUGGAUGCAAGGUUCAUUGUCUGAACGAGAGUUUCGACGCGUUCCAACAAUCGUAUCCAGAAUGGUGUGAAUCGUUCUUGGAACGUUGCGCCCGGGCCAACGACGACAUGACUGGUUUCAUUGGCGAUACAGACACCCUGAUGGGCUUGCGGUCGCUACACAUCACCCCAUCGCUUGUGCCUCACACCCGGAACUCACGCCGUCAGCACCAGUUGCUGUCCGUGCUCAGCACAUCGCCUGAGAGCUCCGGUGGUUCAGACAUCGACAGUCUAUCUGACGUGGACAGUUCCAGUUCGAUACUUGGCUACGAUGAAGACCGUGACUUUCCUGUGGAGAUCCUACCCGACCUGUUCCUUGGUAACGCGACCAAUUCAGAAGACUUGGAAUGGCUCAAGAAACACCGGAUAGAGUAUAUUUUGAACGUUACGUCGGACUUGCCUAACACUUUCGAAGAACAAGGACAUAUCAAGUACAUGCAGAUACCCAUUUCCGAUCAUAUCGGACAAAACCUUGCCAGCUUUUUCCCUCAAGCAAUAGAAUUCAUCGAUAAGAGUCGGGCGCAGAAAAAAGGCGUCUUGGUGCACUGUUUGGCGGGCAUAUCGCGUUCCGUAACGGUGAUGCUGGCGUACCUGAUGGCCCAUCGGCAACUGUCGUUGAACGAAGCGUACAACAUGGUGCUGAAGCGCAAAGCGAACAUCGACCCGAACUUCCACUUCAUGCAGCAGCUGCACUCGUUCGAGAAGCAGUUGAUGGACGCCCGGACGCAGCCCAAACAGCAGUCGGCCAACUCGACGGGCUCGUCGACGUCCAGCUACCUGAGCCCGCUGUCCACGGCCGUACAGAGUCCGGACAGCGGCAUAGAGUUCGACCGGUGGACGCCCGGCACCGGUGGAUGAGAAACGUUUGAGGGCGACGACACACACCGACGAUCGCCCCAGACCAAGUAUCGCUUCUGACCGAAGGACGCCACUUCAUGUAUUAUUCUACCAUUACUUACUACUACUUCUACUACUACAACAACAACAACAACGACUACUACUAGUACUGCUACUACUACUACUACUUUUUUUUUUUUUAUCUUGGUAUCGUCGAACCGGGGGAGAACUGCCUAUGCUUUGCAUUCCCGCCGGUCCGCCAUCGUGCGCAAUCGUAUGUUACAAUAAACUACAGUUUUCAACUUACAAUACAUACAGUACAAACUUGCUUAGCAACCUACAUAUUUUAAUUUUUCGGGUCGUAGCUUAUCCUUUUCUCAGGCCGGCUAGCCAGCCCGCCGCCGCCGCCUUUGUAGUCCUUUGUAGUUCCGUACUAUGAUCCAUUGGCGCGUCUUUGGAACUCUACCUCCUCCUUGGUAUUUUCUUGACGUACCGUUUAACUACUUCCCAUUUCUCUCGACCAUUUUGCAUGAUAGGUAUGAUCGACUCUGGCGUGAUGUCCUCUCCUACUGUGGCCUCGAGUUCCGCGAGUCUUCUAGCCCAUCGCCCGCAUCUGCAGAAAGUAUGUUACAGAGGAUAGGGCCAAUGACCGAUCCUUGUGGUACACCGCUAAUGACUUCUAUGUCCCCGGCAUCUGUCUCUCUCGGAAGUAGUCCCUUAGCAACUGCACGAGGGAUGGUGGUGUGUUAACCUUGCCUCUCCGAUUUUGUCCCAAAGUUACUACUACUAUUACUACUACUACAACUACUACUACUACUACUACUACUACUUUUAUUGCUACUAUUACUAAGCAGUCGUCAGUCUUCAUUUCCUAAACAUUUUCGUUUUUUUUUAGGUCUUAAUAGACCUACCAUGAUUUUUUUUAAUUGAAAACCUCAUAAAAAUGUUACUAAAUUUUAUUCUGCGUGUAAACGUAUUUUUACUUAACGCGCACAACUUAUUUCGAUUAUAUACGACUGCCCCUCCUUCAUUUUUGUCAAUAGCGCUCAUCAACUUAUUAUUAUUUUAAAUUUUAAAUCGCACAAUUCUUUAAAUUAUUAUUUUAUCUGUACUGUUAAGGACUAAUAUUAUAUAAUUUUAUUAAGUUAUACCAUCGAUUAUUUUUCUCAAGAUUUAUUACAUACAAUGUUCCAAGCCAGUGUAACUACGCUCUGAAAAAAAUUAAUAAAGAAUUUUUAUCAUUGCGGUUCAUUGACGAGGUGCUGAAAUAUUAUUUUUUGUAUAUUAUUCAUUCAAGUAUUACAUUAACCACCUGCGAUGUGGAACGUGUUGUCUAUUUAAAAAUAAUUGUCAUUGUCAUUGUUAUAUAUUUUAUACUUAAUUUAUCUAUGUUGUACUGUAAAUGUUUAUAUUUCUAGACUGAUUUAUGGUCCGAUGCCAUUUAAUUUAUUCAUUCGGACAAUUUUAAAUUAGCUGUAUUAUUGAUGACGAUCAUGUUAAUAUUAUAUGAUUGAUUGUGUGAAAAUCAAUUUUUUCUCAUUAUCUUCGUUAGAUUUAGAUCUUAAAAAUUUAAAUGUGUUUGUAUGUCAUUAAGUGUUGUAACUAUUAAUUUAUUUUUUAAUUCAAAUUACAGUGUUUAUACAUUACUUUAUUAUAUUAUAUUAUUAUAAUACAUUUAAAAGAUUUUGAAAGUCUAUUCCAUAUUAUAAAUAAUAAAUUAUAAUAUUAACAUGGGUUACCACUUAAUGAAAUGAUGGCCAAUUGUAUAAAAUUUUAAGAUUUAAGCAAAUGAAUGUAUUUUGUAUUAGGCCCUAUAUUUUGUAAUUAUAGUGCCAUAACCAACCUCAGACGUUUGAGGUAAACAAUAUAAAUGUGUGUUACUGUAAAUGAUUAUGAUACAUAAUAAUAAUAAAUAUAUUUAAAAGUAUAAUCAUUGAUUAAAUUAUAAAGAAUAAAUAAUAUGCUUUCUGCCUUUUUGUUUACAAAUAAUCUGUAAAUGAACAUAUUUCCACUUAUUUACUGACGAAAUAAUUUGGUCUACCAGUGAAAUAUACUCUGGGCCGUCUAACUGGGAAGUUACUUUUUUUGGUUAUUAAAUCAUUUUGAACUUAUUUUUUUUUUGUUAAGUUAAAUCACAUUACUUUUGAGUGAAAAAAGUAACUUUAUUACAAUUAAUCAUAGAAGCUAUUAUGUUAUCAAUUCAUUAACUAAGUAAUGACAAUCAACAACAUGGGAUUAUAUUGAAUAUUUAAAUGUUUAUUUGAGAAGCAAUGAAGAAUUAAAUAACUUACUAUUCUUUGUUUUAAAUGUAUUUUAAAUAAAGCAUUUUCCAAAUGA